CCCCUCAGGGCCGCGCACGCGCGGAGCGUUCCCGCGCCGUUCCCGCGCUCUCCCCGCGCACGCGCGUUCCCGCCUCCCCCUCGUCCCCUCAGCCCUCAGCCCGCCCGCCGCCAUCUUGCGAGGAGCCGCCGCGGGACCGUCCGGCGGCGGGGCCGGCGCCGCUCGGGCUGCCCGGGCUGCCCAGGGCUCACGGGGCCGCCCCGGCGGGCGGGAAGAGCCGGGGCUGGGCGGCGGCGGAGCCAUGGAGGAUGAAAUGCCCAAGACCCUCUACGUGGGGAACCUCUCCAGGGACGUGACCGAGGCUCUGAUCCUCCAGCUCUUCAGCCAGAUCGGCCCCUGCAAGAACUGCAAGAUGAUCAUGGAUACAGCUGGCAACGACCCCUACUGCUUCGUGGAGUUCUCCGAGCACCGGCACGCGGCCGCGGCGCUGGCUGCCAUGAACGGCAGGAAGAUAAUGGGUAAGGAGGUCAAAGUGAACUGGGCCACCACUCCCAGCAGCCAGAAGAAAGACACCAGCAAUCAUUUCCACGUCUUUGUCGGAGACCUCAGCCCUGAGAUCACAACUGAAGACAUCAAAGCAGCCUUUGCUCCCUUUGGAAGAAUCUCGGACGCACGGGUGGUCAAGGACAUGGCCACAGGCAAGUCCAAGGGCUACGGCUUCGUCUCCUUCUUCAACAAAUGGGACGCCGAGAACGCCAUCCAGCAGAUGGGGGGCCAGUGGCUCGGGGGCCGGCAGAUCAGGACCAACUGGGCCACCAGGAAACCUCCAGCUCCCAAGAGCACCUUUGAGACAAACACCAAACAAUUGUCCUACGAGGAGGUGGUCACUCAGUCCAGCCCCAGCAACUGCACCGUGUACUGCGGGGGGGUCACCUCGGGCCUCACAGAGCAGCUGAUGCGCCAGACCUUCUCCCCCUUCGGGCAGAUCAUGGAGAUCCGAGUGUUCCCGGACAAAGGCUACUCCUUCGUCAGGUUCAGUUCCCAUGAGAGCGCCGCCCACGCCAUCGUCUCGGUCAACGGCACCACCAUCGAGGGCCACGUGGUCAAGUGCUACUGGGGCAAGGAGACGGCCGACAUGGCCGGGCCCGUGCCGCAGGGCCAGCUGAGCUACCCGCCGGCCUACGGGCAGUGGGGGCAGUGGUACGGCGGUGCCCAGCUGGGCCAGUACGUGCCCAACGGCUGGCAGGUGCCCGCCUACGGCGUCUACGGCCAGGCCUGGAGCCAGCAGGGCUUCGGGCAGAACCAGCCGUGGCUGGGCCCCGGGUACGGCCCAGGCCAGAACGGGGCCGUGGUGCCGGCCCAGCCCGGCUUCCGCGUGGGCUUCGAGAGCCCCUGAGCCCACGGCACCAGAAUCACCAAAACCUCCUGUUUCACCCCAAAAACCGGCCAGGAGCUGCAUGGCCUUCGAGACCACCUGAGCCCAACGGCACCAGAAUCACCAAAACCUCCUGUUUCACCCCAAAAAUAACCCAGGUGCCGCGUGGUGUUCGAGACCCCCUGAGCCCCCGUAGCGUCCAAACGGCACCAAAACCCUCCUGUUUCACCCCAAAAACCGGCCAGGUGCUGCGUGGCCAGCACCGAUUUUUAAUCUUUUGUUUUGCUUUUUUUUCUGGUUU